AUGACGUCUUCCCGGCCGAGAUGGUCAAGCGGCGCACGUCCCGGCUGCAGUCGCUGCGCAGCAGCUUCCGGACCGACCACCGGGACCCGGAACAGCCGAAACAGCGGAAACCGUCGACCCGGUUCAACGUCGAGGGCGGCGAGUCGGACUCAAACGACGACGAGGAGGACACGCUGAUCGAUGAGAAUCGCUACGCGCGUAGCUUUCGACAUUUCACACGGGAAGCCCUGCCGCGGAUGGACAAUUAUCGGAACAUUCUCUCAUUUCAAGGCAAUCAGAGACCCACGCUAGACGAGUUGCACGACGCUUCCAUCACAAACAAGAACGGUGUAAUUGAAAUCCCCCCUGUUUCAUUCCAGGAAACUAUGCGACGCGGAACCGUACACGAGCCGGCCGAGAUGGAUGGUGGAGCGCUAAAGUUUGGCUGGAUCAAGGGCGUGCUGAUGCGGUGCCUGCUCAACAUCUGGGGCGUAAUGCUGUUCCUGCGGCUCAGCUGGGUGGUCGGGCAGGCCGGCAUCGUGCAAGGAGUCGUCCUGAUCUCCAUGACUACGGUGGUGACGACCAUCACGGCUCUGUCGAUGUCUGCCAUCAGCACGAACGGUGUCAUCAAGGGCGGCGGCACGUACUACAUGAUCUCCCGGUCGCUGGGGCCCGAGUUUGGCGGUUCGAUCGGCUUGAUCUUCUCGCUCGCCAACGCCGUCGCCUGUGCUAUGUACGUGGUGGGUUUUUGCGAAUCCAUGAUUGACCUACUGGCCACGUUCGGGCUCGCGAUCGUGGACGGUGCCGUGAACGAUGUGCGAAUUAUCGGCUGCAUCACGAUCGUCAUCCUGCUGUGCAUCGUGGUCGUCGGCAUGGAGUGGGAAGCGAAGGCCCAGGUCGUCCUGCUCGUCAUCCUGCUGGUGGCCAUCGUGGACUUUCUGAUCGGCUCCGUCUUGGGCCCGAAGUCCGACCUGGAUGUGGCGCGCGGAUUCGUCGGCUACAACGGGACGUUGUUGCUGGAGAACAUGGGGUCCGAUUACCGGCCAGCGAAGGGCACCCAGCACGAUUUCUUCUCCGUGUUCUCGAUCUUCUUUCCGGCCGCCACCGGCAUUCUGGCCGGGGCCAACAUCAGUGGCGAUCUGAAGGACCCGUCCUCGUCGAUCCCGAAGGGCACAAUACUUGCCAUCGUGCUGACGUCUUUUUCAUACGUCAGCAUGGCCGUGAUCGCUGGGGCCACGGUGCUGCGGGACGCCAGCGGCAACCUCACGGACGUCGCAAACGGCACGUGGGACUUUAGUGAGUGCGCGGUGGAGGGAUGCAACUAUGGUUUGCACAACUCGUUCCAGGUCAUGGAGCUGGUGUCCGCGUUUGGGCCGCUGAUCUAUGCCGGUUGCUUCGCGGCCACGCUUUCGUCCGCGCUGGCCAGCCUCGUGUCGGCACCGAAAGUCUUCCAGGCGCUCUGCAAGGACAAGCUGUACCCGAAGAUCAGCUGGUUCGGCAAGGGAUUCGGCAAGAACAACGAGCCGGUGCGGGGCUACAUCCUGACGUUCAUCAUCUCGGUCGCCGUCAUUCUGGUCGGCGAUCUGAACAUGAUCGCGCCACUGAUCUCGAACUUUUUCCUUGCCGCCUACUGUCUGGUGAACUUCAGCACAUUCCACGCCAGCCUGGCGAAACCCGUCGGUUGGCGGCCCACGUUCAAGUACUACAAUAUGUGGCUCAGCUUGCUCGGUGCUAUCUUCUGUAUCGCCGUGAUGUUCCUGAUAUCGUGGCCGACGGCACUGGUGACGUUUGCCGCGGUGCUCACCCUGUACCUGGUGGUGUCGUACCGCAAGCCGGACGUUAACUGGGGUUCGACGACCCAGGCGCAAACGUACAAGAACGCACUGCUGUCCGUGCAGCAGCUGAACAACGUGGAGGAGCACGUCAAAAACUACCGCCCCCAGAUACUGGUCCUCUGCGGGCAUCCGAGCUCGCGGCCGCUGCUCGUCAACUUUGCCUACCUGCUCACCAAGAAGCUGUCGCUGCUCGUGUGCGGUCACGUGACGAAGACGCACGUGUCGCAAAAGUAUCGCAACCACCUGCAGAAGAAGGCCGGUGAGUGGUUCCGUCGGCACAAGGUGAAGGGUUUCUACUCGCUGAUCGACGACAACGAGUUCGAGAUGGGGUCGCGCGCGAUCAUGCAGGCGUCCGGCAUCGGCAAGCUGCGCCCGAACGUCCUGCUGAUGGGCUACAAGAGUGACUGGGACAAGUGCGACCCGACCGAGCUGGAGCAGUACUUUAACGUGAUGCACAAGGCGCUCGACAUGUACUUAUCGGUGGCGAUACUGCGCGUCAGCAAGGGCUUCGACUGCUCGCAGCUGCUGGGCGAGGACACGGUCAAGUACAUCUCGGAGCUCCCGCGGACGCUGGUGGCCAACGACAGCACGAACGAUCUGAUGGGCCAGAACAAAGUAAGCUCUCUGCACGGCAGCUGUGACUCGCUCAGCCGCAACGUGUCGCAAGACCACGCCGAUGUCAACGAGAAGAACGCAAAGAAUUUGAAAUCGAGCAGCACCAGUGACUUGAGCAAAACCAUUUCAGUAGCCCCGGACCCGGUGGAUAUCAAUGCCAAGCUCCUGACGGAAAACACUCAGCGGUCCCUGAAGCGAGGCGAUCCGUCACUGUUGUACCGCGGCCCGGGCGGUGCCGCCCUGCCGAAGGAAGUGCUGGACGAGCUGACACAGUUUACGUCCAAGAAGAAGACGGGCAUCAUCGACGUGUACUGGCUGUACGAUGAUGGCGGGCUCACGCUGCUACUACCGUACAUCAUCAGUACCCGGCGCAACUGGAGCUCCUGCAAGCUGCGUGUCUUUGCCCUGGCCAACCGGAAGACCGAGCUCGAGUUCGAACAGCGCAACAUGGCCAGCCUGCUGGCCAAGUUCCGUAUCGAUUACUCCGACCUGCAGCUGCUGCCGGACGUGACGAAGAAGCCCAACCAGAACAUGACCGACUUCUUUAAGGAGCUAAUUAACGAGUUCACCGUGAAGGAUGACAAUUACGACAGCAGUACAGCUGGCACGGCGUACAUCUCGAAGGCGGAACUGCUGGCGGUGCAGGACAAAACGAACCGGCAUCUGAACUUGCGCGAGUAUUUACUGCAACAUUCCGACAAAUCCGACCUGGUCGUGAUGACGCUACCGAUGCCCCGGAAGGGCGUCGUCUCGGCCCCGCUCUAUAUGGCCUGGCUGGAGGCGCUGAGCCGCGACCUGCCUCCGUUCCUGUUCGUACGAGGCAACCAAACGUCGGUCCUGACGUUCUACUCAUGAGUGCCUCCGGUCCAUUCGGUCGGGGCCACCGUUGCCUUUUUGGUUUUUUUGGCGUAGAUACUAAGGUACAGGUCGCGGCACGGUGGGUUGGUGUGUCCAGUUUGAUAUUUGAUUGCUUCCGAAGAGGGCCAAUCCCAGGCAGUCGUGAGCUAUGGCAGCGAUCCCCACAAUCAUCGUUCAUUCGAUUUUUAUUUAUUACCCCACAACCUUACAUUAGGGCUCUGCGUCAUCCUUUAUUCAAUUCCAAACCGCAAAGAACUUGGCGAGCCACCUCAACUAGCAACCAUCUGAGGAUCGAGUCGCUUUUAUACCGUGUUAGGCGGGAAAAGGACCACCAUCAGCCAUCAGCUGUUCCGCAACUCCAAUCCGUUUCCGUUUAUGAGUCCUUGAUGUAUUUCCCCACAUUCAUCGUCCCCAAGAAUCUAAGCUUCGCCUCCGGGAGUGAUGGUUUUUUUCUGUCCCGGAUUUCCUUCGCCCGGAUGCGACCGCUAGAAGUCAAAACGUAGCCGCGACGGGAAUCAGGGUUGGGCUAUCUGUCCUGAGCCAACAAUCCUGCCCCCGGGUCGCAGGUGAAUUCCCACGGUACGGGGGUUCAAAACAAGCAAAAUCUGGAAACUAUUUUUUCCGCGCACCGGUCAGUAGUAAUUGUGUUUCCAUGUUUCCACCCCCGUCAAGUCAAGAGCUGCAAUCUUCCUAAUCUAAUCGCGUCUACCGUUUCCGGAUGGUUGUGCGGUGGCUACGUUGUCCCGACCCGACUAAAGUUGGCAACCGAAGCGGAAAAAAUGCAUCUAUCUGGAUGCAGCUCUGGGCAGGAGAUAAAAGUCCGGACGCUGACAAGCGGAACAUUCAGGGCCGAACACGUUUGGUUUUUAUUUUUCAGCAUUGUUUUACCGCGCCAGCCCCCAGCUCGUUGUGGUGCAUCCGCCACGGCCAGUCGCUCACCAAGUUCAAAUCCGUCGUAACCUUUCACGCCGGCUUCACAUUCCGUGUUCCGUUCCGAGGAACCGUUCACAGGUUCAGCAGCAAUGCAGAGACAACAAAACGUAAAAGUAUUACUUUUCUGCAGGAGUUUGAAGGAAGCCAGCAGUCCUAGCACGCCCCUGCUAGCCGCUGGUUAGCUCCGCCACACUGUGGUGUGUGUGUGUGUGUGUGGACCUCCCGGGUUUCACAUUCUUUUUUGAAGUAUUAUUUCCCUACCGCUAGGAUUAGUUGUAUUUCCGGAUUUCAAUGCGUACAAGGUUAGAUGUAAGUCCAGGACGAACACAGAGAGUGCCUUAGGCUAGAGUUGUUGCAACGUUCGUUUGGCUUCAGCAUUCAACCGUAACUCUCGCUUUAGUGGCUGGAGUCUGUUGUGAACUACUGUGAACAUUCAAAUUACUCAAAUUGUGUUAAGCGAAUCCGGUUAGGCUUACUUUGUUUGUUAAAAUAAACGGAACUCAUU